AUGUCGUGGCUACUUCAGAAGAUCGUUCACAAUGAGGCAAUGAGAACGGACCCGAAGGAGAUCUACGGAUGGAGGGUCUACGCGUUGGCAUGCUCGGCCUGCUGCGGAGGAAUGCUUUUCGGCAUGGACUCGGGCAUUAUCGGUGGCGUCCUCACAAUGGACCCCUUUGAAGCCAAAUACGGCCUCGAAGGCCUCGACAAAGUCGCCCAAGCAAACCUCUCCGCAAACAUCGUCUCCACACUGCAAGCGGGCUGCUUCUUCGGCGCCCUACUCGCCUCCCCAGCCGCAGACAAAUGGGGCCGAAAGAUCUCUCUCAUCGGCGCCGCCGUCGUCGGUAUCAUCGGAGUGAUCAUGCAAACCGCAGCAAACGGACAUCUCGAAGCGAUGUACAUCGGCCGCCUAAUAACCGGGUUCGGCGUCGGUGCCGCAAGCAUGAUAAACCCCCUCUACGUCUCCGAAAAUGCGCCCCGCGCAAUCCGCGGUGGAUUGACAGGCCUCUACCAACUUUUUAUAACAAUGGGCAUCAUGCUCGCUUUCUGGAUAAAUUACGGCUGCCUUUUGCACCUCGACGGAAGCGCAAUGUACCUCGUGCCGUUGGCAAUGCAAGCCUUACCCGCCGUCAUGCUCUUCGUCGGCAUGCUACUCUGCAACGAGUCGCCCCGCUGGCUCGCGAAGCAGGAUCGCUGGGAAGAGGCGCGGGCGACGCUGUGCAAGGUUCGUGCGCUGCCGUCGGACCACCCGUAUGUUGAAGAGGAGUUUGCGGCUAUUGCGCUGCAGCUUGAGCAGGAGCGUGCCCUUAUUGGGGGCUCGAGCUUCUGGGAUCUUAUGAAGGAGAUGUGGCUUAUUCCGGGGAAUCGGAAGAGGGCUAUGAUCUCCGUCUUUCUUAUGAUUUGCCAACAGAUGACUGGGACGAAUGCGAUUAAUUAUUAUAGUCCACAGAUUUUUAAAAACGUGAGCUUCACUCUCGAACUAUCCACCCCGAUACCUCGAAAACGUACUAACAAUUUGAAUGACCAGCUUGGCGUAAACGGCAACGCAACAAAUCUCUUCGCAACAGGCGUCUACGGCAUCGUAAAAAUGGUCAGCUGCGGUGUCUUCCUGGUCUUCGUCGCCGACUCACUAGGCCGCCGCCGGUCCUUACUCUGGACAUCCAUCGCGCAAGGUCUGGCAAUGCUCUACAUCGGACUAUACGUGCGGAUCGCACCGCCCGUCGAGGGAGCCCCCGUGAUUCCCGCAGGCUACGUCGCUCUCGUCUGCAUCUUCCUUUUCGCGGCAUUUUUCCAGUUCGGCUGGGGGCCUGUCUGCUGGAUUUAUGUUUCUGAGAUACCGACGGCAAGACUGCGGUCAUUAAAUGUUGCGUUUGGGGCGGCGACACAGUGGCUUUUUAAUUUUGUUGUUGCGAGGGCUGUGCCGAAUAUGCUUGCUACUGUUGGGGCUAAUGGAUAUGGGACUUAUAUUAUCUUUGCGUGCUUUUGCUUCUCGAUGUGUGUCUUUGUUUGGUUCUUUAUCCCCGAGACGAAGGGACUUUCGCUCGAAAAGAUGGAUGAGCUUUUCGGAGUCGCUGAGCUCAUUCAGCAGAAGAAUGCUGAUCCCGAGUUGGCUUCUUCUGCCGGGGAUGCGAACAAGAUUCCGGAGGCCCGGUCACAGGCACUUGAAGAACAGGACAAAUUAGGCAAGACUCAACAGCACUUGGAAAACAGGGAAUAG